CGUCAUAACAUUUUGUGUUGUUUUGAAAAUCAGCAGGUUUCUAGAACUGCGACGAAUUUCAUCAUAAACGUGAAAAAAGCUGAAAAUACCAAAAGAAAUUGACAAAAAUCGAGAAAAACUGUAAAAAUGUCGGUCAAUACUGCUCAUGCCAAUAACGGAGUGUUAAUUCACGCAGGAGAAUCAAUUCUCCUCUACAGCGACAAUGUCUCGAUGGAAUUUAGUGGUCAAGGCGAUUCCGUGUUCAGAGGCACAAAAAAUGGAAGGAUUUAUCUGACGACACAUCGAAUUAUUUUCAACGCGAAAGAUUUUCGCAAUGAUUUCAAGUCGUUCAGUGCCCCGUUCGUGUCGAUGAAUGAAGUGAAGUUGGAACAACCGACUUUCGGCGCGAAUUACAUCAAAGGCAUCAUUUGUGCACAGCAAAAUGGAGGAUUUACGGGCGAAGUAAAGUUUAAACUUUCAUUCAAGUCGGGCGGCGCGAUCGAUUUUGGUCAAGCGAUGUUACGUGCAGCGUCGUUGGCGAAAAAUAACGCUGGCGGAUACGCUCCGCCGCCAUAUGAGCCUCCAACGGGCAAUUGGUAUCAAGCUCCGCCACCGGCAUACACGCCAACAGCAGCUUAUGGAUGGCUCCCGAACAAUCCCGCGUUCACAAAUGGUCCGGAUCCCAAUACGGUGUUUAUGCACGAUCAGCCGCCUCCAUAUCCAGGAGUCAAUCCGAAUCCGCAACAACAACCAGCGUUCAAUCCGCACUUUAACCCGAACAUGCCUGAUCAGUUUGGACAACAAAACGGCGGAUAUCCUCCGUAUGGGGGACAACAACCAAAUGGAAUGUACCCAAAUUUGCCGACAGCGCAACCAGGAUAUCCGCCACAGACAGGAUAUCCUCAGCCAGGCUAUCCGGGACAAGCGCCGUACCCGAAUGCGUAUCCCGGAGCGAUGGGAGGAUGGGCACAACCGCCAGCUUACAACAGUUUGGACAAGAAACAAGCUUAAAGAGACAGUCCCGAAAGUUAAGACAUUCCUUCACUUUGUUAAUAUUUUUAUCCUUCAUUGUUAUUCACACCUUUACACACAGCAAAAAUCACAAAAUCAGCUUAAAUCCUUAUUGUUGAAUGUAUUUUAUGGAAAAUUCUAGUCGGUGACUUGAUUUUAUUACGACUCGAAAAAAAAUUUUAAAAAAUGUGAAAAAAUUUAGAGAAAUGUGUCUUAAGCAGGUUCUUGCUUCAAAUCAAAAAAAAAAAAAAAAAGAAAAGAGUAUUUAAAAAAAGCUACAAUAAAAAUAAAUAAAUAAAUAAUUAAAUGUAAAAUAUGCAAAAAUAUAAAUGUUUAUUGAAUUAUAAUAAUUAAAAAAUCAUUUAUUUAAUAUUUUAUAUCAAUGUAGAAAAUUA